CAGUCUUUAACCCGACAAACUAAAAAACAGGGUGCAUUGUUUCAUCAGAAGUUCCAUGCAUGUGUCGUGCUGUGCUAAGAACAUGAAUCCAUCUUGCAGUGCAGUGACUAUGUUUGUGUGGGCUGCCAGCAGUGGUAAACAGUCUGAUCCCUCACACUUCUAUCAGGGUCAGAGUUCUGGAUGGAGGCCAGCAGGGUUAGUGAUCCUCUCCCAGCUCUGCUUCGCCUUCUCUCCCUACAAACUUCAUUUUUUCCCAGCUUUGAGGAAGGAUUAGACCCGGUAUACAAGACCAGACUUUUCAAGCUGAGUUUUAAGCUGUUGGUUUCAUUAUUAUUUUUUCCAAAGUUAAAAGUUAGACUUAAACGCCCUCCUGCUGUAUUUAGAACACUUUUUUAGCUUCUGUUUUCUCUGUAACAUUUUUAAAUUUCGGUUUUUCACCUCUCGCUGUCAGAUUCGAUGGCACUUGGAGUGCUAAAUCCACAGUUAAAGAGCUCCUUAAGUGGGAGCGAAUUUUUCGACAGUGGUUAUGUAGAGGAACUACCACCUCCUCUUCAAAGCUACCUUUGUUUGACCAUUUUUACAUGCUUUUGUCCUGCAUACCCCGUCAACAUUGUGGCUUUGGUCUUCUCUAUCAUGUCUAGAAACAGUUACUACAGCGGAGACUACGAAGGCUCCAGGCGGCUGGGCAGGAACGCGCUCUACGUGGCUAUUGCCUCAGUCAUCAUCGGGCUUCUCAUCAUCGCCAUCUCCUGCACUGUUCAUUUUACCAAAAUGGGUUUUUAGUGCAGUGGAUGCAGAGAGAGCAGAGAGUUGAAGACUCAUUACGAGCUCAGGUGCCAACGAAAGGAUUCAGACUCACCUCAUGUUUACUUUAGCCUGUACAGUGCUUACUUUACUGUCUAUGUUGUUCCUUACAAAAAAUCAGUGAAUGUAAAAUCUGGUGGGCGUGUACACUUCAGUGACUAAUGUCUUUCCAGAUUUGGCUGCAAAAGGCAGCUUUCCACAAAGGUGUAAACAAUCCACUGUUUACUGUUGCUCAUAGCUCGAGUGAUAAAGAUCCUGAACGUAAUGCCUUCUUUAAUGAUAAUAAAACCAGUUAUGUUAAACCACAAUGGUGGAUAAAGAAUCUGAACAGACAACAACUGAUAACAAUGAAAUAUGAAAAUAAUUUAGGCGUGUAGAGUAUAACUUACAAAUGUAUCUCUCCGAGGUAGAAGCCCAAUUGACCUUUUUAAGAACACAGAGUGUCUUAAUUAGCUUCACUGUAUUUAUAGAUAAUCCCCUGCUGUGCAUCAAACCUGGAAUUAUUAUGAAAAUGAUUGUGUAAACAAACAAAUGUUAUUUUCAUUCCUGUAGCAGUUACAAAGAGCAUGUGAAAUAUGUGUAUCGCAGUGCAGUGUAUCGGCGGCCACCAUGGUUCACACAGAGACUUUUGGAAGAAUAAAUAAUUCAUAAGAAGAAUAAAUUAAUUUUUCCUCUGAUGACAGAAAUGUUAAAACACACAAUUGUGAAAUCAAAUCCAGUCACAAGUUCUGCUUCUGUAGCUUUAUUUGCCUAGUGUGAUGAUUGAUUAUAAACACAGCAGUUAAUAUAAAUGUAAACCAAUGCUGGAAAAAUUAUAUUACAAGUUAUAUCCCUGACUUUGUGCCUCGUGUUUAUGAUUAUCUACAAUUGCUGUUUUUUUUAUUGUAUUUUUUUUGUUUUUGCAUGAGACUUAAAGAUGUGUUACAAACUUAGGCUGUGAGGUUUAAAAGUUGCUUGCAUUUACCAGACAGCAAGGGUCUGAUGAGAGAACUCAUGAAGAUACUACACAAUGGGAAAUAAAGUAUCUUGUAAUAUUUUGGGGGGACUUGCCCCAUAUUUGGACUGGAUGUUAGAAUAUUUGGCAUUUGGUGUUUACUCUUUUUCUUCAGCUGUGUUCGCAUGAGCCUGCUGCCUAAAUGCAUUUUUAAAAAUAUAUGUGUAUUAAAAUCAGUUCCAGACAUUUCUUGCCACUUGUUUAAUUAUUCUGUCUUGUUGACCGAAGAGCUGUUGCUGCAGUUGCGUUCCUUCCUGUGUGGUCUGUCACGACUGAGUAAAAUUUGGCAUUACAAUCACAUGAAAGUAAACUCAAACCAUGCAUCAUGUUACAUGCAUUUGAGAUCUCUAUGUCUGCACCCUGGUAGACCCUACGACCUAUCACUUUUCAAUAAUUUACCCUGAAUACACACAAUUCAAAGUAUUUAUACAGACCUGCACAGCCUCAAGUUCACAACUUGAGCCUUGAACUAUGACCUUCCAUGCCGGGACUUUUCCCUGUAGUUUGAUAUGUCGCAGCAUAUGCCCAGCUAAAUAUAGCAGAUCUGCCCUCUGUGUGGCAGAUUGCUCAGCCUCUCACAUGGUCAAACAAAACUCAUCCUUUCAUGAAGCAACAUAAAGUGGCCUAAAGGUGGGAGGGAAUAAAGGGAUGAUUCAGACGGGUUUAAGCGGGAGAGUCAUGAUCCUGUACGUCCAUUUCAGUCUCAACUCAUGACUCAUAACUGUUUUCUUGUUGCUACUGAAAAACAAGCCUUUCAGACUGUUUUCAUAUAUUGCACAGCUAUCUGCAGGGUAAUGAUGCUUUCCCUGGUCCCCAGGGAGAGACGAAUUACACAUACAUGCUCCACAUAUAGAGAAACUAAAAUCUGCAGUUUGCAAUUUGGUUUGCAGUGUUUUUUCUUCUUCUUCUUUCAAACCUAUCUCCUACUUGCAGGUGCAAUUCAUAGCAGUCCCUCUGAUGUAACAGGCCCGCUGCCAAGUUUCAGCAGUUAUUCUAAUGCACUUAACAAAUCACUUUUGGCAGUAAUCUUGUUCUAUUAUCUCCCUUUACUUGAAAGAGAAAUGCAGCGUGAUUGUAGUGCAACCUCUUUGAUGUCACACCAAAGCAAAACGCGAAAGGACGGGAUGGAAAAAAAAAAGAUAAAAUGAGUGCGGGGAUAAGGCGACUUGAAAAGCACUUUGUAAGAUUAUCAAGGGAUCAAGACAGACUUUGUGACAGGAAAAUGACGACCAUAAUAUGUGCCGAAGAAAAUUUCACACAUGCACAAUUAAUUAAAAUAGUUUCCAUUUAUAUGUUUCAUGUUGCCUCAAAAAGAGAGUAUGACUUCCAUCUUUGUGAGCGCGCUGCUUUUAUUCUUCUGCACAAGAAUAGUGAAUCAUAUUAUUUUUCAGCUUGCAUUCACAUCAAUAAUUCAUCAUGAAGCUGUACUGUUGUGUUGUUGGCCGCAUUACAGCCGGUAAAUUUGGAGAGCACUCCAUGACUCAUGCGAGGUGCGCAUAAAUAGGCCACUCAAACAAGUCGCUUCCAUUAGCACUGCAUAGACCCUUCAUGUGUACAUAUCGCAUGACACAUUCCUCCUAUCCGGCAGCAGUUUGAUCUAGUUGGAAUAAAUGAAAUAGGAUCACUGUGGGAACGAUGCUGUGCAAGCAGAGAAAGAGCGAUAUGCAUUUAGAUACCUGAUAUUCAAAAACGAAAAGGUCCUUUCUUCUUUUUUCAUACUAAGACUAGAAUUUCUACCAUGCAUCUGCCAGCCAGUCAGGUUGAAUUCAUGUCCGCUUAGUCACAUAUAGUUUAAUGAUGACUGGAAUUUAAUAUCGUCUGACUAUUUCAGAAAGUGCUGAUCUGCUGGGAUCAGCACAAAAAUAAAGACUCAGAAGAGCAUCUCUGAAUGUACAACAUGUUGAACCUCGAAGCAGAUCAGCUACAGCAGCAGAAGAGCACACUGGGUGCCACUCCUGUCAGCUAAGAACAGGAAACUGAAGCUACAGUUCACACAGGCUCACCAGAACUGAAUAACAGAAGACUGGUAAAAUGUUUCCUAGCUCGAUGAGUCUCAAUUUCUGCCACAAUAUGUGGAUGACAGGCUCACAAUUAGGGUAAAACAACAUGAGACAAUGGAUCCAUCAUGGCUUGUAUCAACAGUUCAGGCUGGUACUGUCAUGUAAUUGUGUGGGGGUUAUUUUCUGGGGCACCUGAAUGCCAAUUACCAUUGUUUAAACACCACAGCUGACCAACCUAAAUAUUAUUACUUACCACAUGCAUCUAUAGGAUAGGUAAAAUGGGAGAUUUUCAUCUGUUUUCUGAGUUACAGAGUUUUUACAAACAUUAUGAUGUAACUGAUGGCCUUUUCAAUAUGAAAUGUCACCACUUUUAUCCUAUUGGACAUUUGUGAUAUUAAUUAAUUCUUGUGUUAUUACCAAGAAAGUGUUUUGUUGACCCUUGACAACCAAAACCAAAUCAGUUCUUCCUUUUAGUGACGGUGAAUGACUGUCAAAUCUGAUUAAUUAUGAUUAUAAUUAAUUAUUUCUAUUGUGUUCCAAAGAAUGGGACUGAUGGAUGGGUGAAAAAACGGGUACUGUUGUUAAUUUUCAAAAUGUAUAUUGUUUCUCAGAAUUAAAGACUUUUGCCUCAAUUUUAAAAAAAAUUCCAUUAGGUCACAUGCUUUGGGGUAAAUGGCAUAAGCUAGAUAGAUAACAAAUAGACACA